GUUCAUCUUAUCCAGUGGCAGAGAGAUGGAAGGUGGGACAGCUUCGGCUGGGCGCUCGUCGGCGAGCUCGUCGGCCGUCCGGCUCUCCCCUCCGCUUGCGGCCCUCUCGGCCUCUCCUCCACUUCCGGCGUCCUCGCCCCCCCUGUAGGUGCGUCCUCGACGUUCCUAACCUCAAGAAGUGCGGCGGCGGCAGAUCCGCGCGGGGCGUCGAGCGCAGCUGGAUCCGUGUGAAGGCCUCCACAGCCUCCGUGCAGACGCUCGAGGUCGACAACGCCACCAAGAUGUACAGCUGCGAGCUGUCCACCCGUGUCCUCAGCCUCUUCGUCCCACUCUUGGUGUCUCCUCAAUGAUCCUCAGCAGGGAGCGCAUCAUUGUCGUCAACUCCAAGCUGAUCCGAUGCGUCAAGAGAAUCCCUCAGCUCUUACCAAGAGGCUCUAGCUUCGAACCUGACUCUUUUAGUAGUUGGAGUGUUGCACGCAUGGAAUUGAUCGCAGGUUUAGAGAGGAAGCGAAGCAGCAACAGUUUGGGUUCAGAGAAGAAUAAGAGCAGCAGCUCAUUGGAGAAGGAGAGGUACAGCAGCCGAGGGCAGCAGCAGAGAGCAGAAUCAGCAGGUCAGGGGCGGCAGCAGAGGAUCAGAAGCAGAGAUGAGUUCGAUUCAAUUACCAUUGAUAAUGAUUCAGACUUGAGUUUGCACCACCCAUGUGUUACUAAAUAGUUUGUCCUUUUUCACUUGUGAUUAUGCACUAGAGAUUUGCAAGGAUGCAUUGGAUUCUUUUUAUACUGAUUUGAUGCACCCUGACUUUGGAAUGCGAACAAAUGUGAUCUUCAAUUGACAUUGAUGAUUCAGACUUUAGUUUGCUAAUACUGUAGCUGA